AUGUAUUGGCCAUGCAGCGUGCCGCAGAUCUUCGCAUACCAUGGCCCCAGCGCGGUGACUGCCCAACACCCCGAAGGAGCAGAAGCAGAAGCCGGCCACGAAGACGGCUCAAAUGAGGAGGUAGAGAAGAAUGGUUCUACUCACGAUGACUCCAAUGCUAUCAUCGACCUUCAAGCUGCGCGGCAUGACCACCUCUUUGCGACAAUUAGCCCCUUCCAAUUGGAUUUGUGGUCAACGCGACCUGUGGUCGUCCUCGCCUCGCUCUCUCGUUCUCCAAAGUCGCUGGAAACUUAUGGCAAGAAUCUGGGCGUCGCGUUCAAACCAGACGGGAGCACCUUGGUCAUUCGCACGGCGGGAGGCUAUUUGAUGCUCUACUCUGUAGAAAGCGAUCAGACCGCCAGGGUCCUGCAACAACAGUAUGGGUAUAGCCAGGCAAAACGUCAAAACAUCAUGCGAAGUUUUGGAACCGACGAGACCGUUGGGGUACCAGAGGUUCUCUUGCGCUUUCGAAGAGCCAUCAAAAUCGAUGCUGGGAUUAAUUCGAUCAACGCCCUUGACUCGGAAAUAAUUGUGGCAACGACCAAACCUGCUGCCGUGCAGUGCAUUCGGUGGGACCUUCAGAAGGAUGGCUCCAAUGCGGUCGCCCAGCUACUGAACAGGAUGGACUGGAUCACCCAGAAAUCGAGCAUAUCAACCAUGAUCCAUGACAGAGCCAUGAACCUUUCCGUCUGGUUGUCACAGGACGGCCAUGCGUAUGCGGUGCAGCGGAUCAAACCCCAACUGUCACGAGCACCGUCGUCAGAUGACUCCAUUCCCUCCUCAAGGGGAUCCACGACCCCAGCGACAAGGUUGUUUGACGGCUACUGCUUUCACAAGCCUGAACCACCAACCUCCAGUGCAACAUUUGCGAGUAUCAAUGCCCGGUUCUCACUCAUCGCCAUUGCUACCUCGGGAGGAGAAAUCAUCUGCUAUUCUGCAAAAGACUACGCCGGGAAUAUUCCAUUGUCACAUACUUUCAGGGCUUCCACUUCGCCCUCAUCUAGAGGCGCUAUUACAUGUCUCGUAUGGUCUCCUGAUGGAUACUGUCUCUUUGUCGGAUACGAACAGGGUUGGUGUACGUGGUCGGUGUUCGGAAAGGAGGGCGCUUCAACCUUCCACCAAAACCUGACGCACGCAGAGUCCAAUUCUGAGAAAUGGCUCCUCGCUGUCCAACGAGCGACAUGGAUCGGUGCUGGUGGCGAGAUUCUCCUCACAACCGCGUCUGAAAAUCGGAUUUGGAAGUUAGAAAUGUCGCGGAGUGCCGCCAUGGGGUGUUUCUCUUGCGCCAAUCUCGUUCGGGCUCUUCUCCAGACUCCCACAGAACUGACAGUCUAUCGUGGCCAUGAACUCCCCGACCUGACUUCCAUAUCGAAUGAGGCAUCUCUUUGGCAUCACGCCGAAUAUCCACAUGUUUAUCUACACACUCAAUGGCCUAUCAAGUCGUGUGUCGUUUCACAAGACGGAAGAUAUGUUGCAAUUGCUGGUCGCCGGGGCUUGGCUCACUACAGUCUUCAGAGCGGAAGGUGGAAGACAUUCUCUGACUUAUCGGUAGAAAGUUCGUUCGCAGUCCGCGGAGGGAUGUGCUGGUUCAACCAUGUGCUUGCCGUUGCAACUGAGAAUACCAGUGGGUACGACUUGCGAUUGUACUCGCGGGAGCUCGAGCUGGGUCGUUUCCCGUUGCAUAACGAAGCAUUCUCCAUGCCCAUCGUGUUUGUGGGCCCUUCAGGAGAAGACUCUCUGCUGGUCUAUACAUACGAGAACAUCCUCUACCACUAUAUCCUCAACAUAACCGAACGAGGUGCACAGCUUGUGCAAGUGGGCCAAAUCGCUUUUCAUGGCAUCGUGCGUGCCCCAAGCCGAGUUCGGUCCGUCAGCUGGGUUGUACCAGAUUCUCAGCUUCGAAACGGGGAUCCCUCUAGAGACGUGGAAUUCGCAUCCGUCCUGUUCCUCGUUGACGACAAGUUGGUGUUGUUGCAAGCGUCUCGGAACGAAAAGGACGAGCUCAAAUACGACAUGCGCGUCAUUGCUCAGCAUGUCGAGUACUACAUUCUAAUGCGUGACCAGAUAUACUUCAACUUUAGUACUGGCCCGGAUGAAUCCGCGCCACCCACGCCGUCGCCUGGAUCGGCAUUCACCCUACGAAGCCAGCAAAACUACUCUCUACGAGACUCUCUCUGGACAUUCAGCGGUGAUGAACUUCGUCUCUGGCCCGAUGUGCGUGAUCUGUUCCACCACGCUGCAGGAGAUCUCAACACCUCGCCAGUCCUGUCUAUGUCCGUCGAUUUCUACCCUUUGUCCAUCCUUCUCACCAAAGGUGUUGUGCUCGGUAUUGAAUCCGAGCUUCUGCAACGGCGAGACGUCAACUUUGCCCAGUUCCGCUCCAGCAUCCGCACACAGCUUUUCCUCCCCUAUAUUCUUCGCCACCAACUCUGUGAAGCCAACGAUACCGCCGCGGCAUUCGGCCUAGCGAACCAGUACCAGAACCUCUCAUACUUUCCUCACGCGCUGGAGAUCCUGCUACACAAUGUCCUCGACGAUGAAGUUGAUCGGAAACCUCAAAUGAAGGCCAACCAGGAUGAUGAAGAUGAGGCACAGGGCCCAUUGCCGGCUGUUCUCUCAUUCCUCCAACUCGUCCUCCCACCGACAACAUACUUGUCGACCGUGGUGCAAUGCAUCCGCAAAACAGAGCUAUCGUCCUGGCGCACGCUAUUCGCACACCUCCCACCGCCUCUCACCUUGUUCGAACAAGCCCUUGAACUCGAGGACCUCAAGACCGCCGGCGGCUACCUCAUCGUCCUGCAGGGGCUGGAGGAACAAGAAGGUAACGGGUCCGAGUCUGAGUCCGAGGUGGCCUACGACGCCCGCAAGUUUGAAGGCUACGUCAUCCGCCUGAUGAAACUCGCGCGUCAAAAGGGCGAUUUCGAGCUGUGCGCGGAACUCGCCCGGUUCAUGAUGGGCAUUGAUCCGAGGGGAGACGUGCUGAGGAGGGUCAUCGCCGGCGUCGGGUUCGGGAACAAGCCCACGCUUUUGGAGCCCCAUCGCACCGUGUCUGGCGCAGCAGCAACGUUGCAGAUACCGUCGCGGUCCAGGAGUAGAGCUAUGGAGGAAAGCUCCGAGGGAAGUUCGAGUCCGUCGCCGGUCAGAGUGAGCCAGGUCACUGGUGGUGACUAUUUCUCGAAUUCACCAGGUGGAUAUUGA